ACUAAAUGGUGUGAACAGAGUAGGGAGCGGCUGUGAGAGAAGGAAUGUGGCUGGGAGACACGGCUGCUAGGAGUGAUGGCCGGCACUUGUUUGGAUUCUGCUUUAUGGAAACCUGACCAGAAAAAGAUGCUUUUGAGACAAUUAGGACAUGUGAAUGCAGAACAGAAAAAGCAUUCCAAGGAGUUUGGGGACUGUGGAGAGGGGGCAGACAAUCGUCAAGAAGUGUAACAGGGCAGAAGAGCACUGCCAUUUGAUUUAACAGACUGAUUCGAGCAUAAAGGCAGAGGCAUCUACCGCAGCGCAGCAACAUCCUCAAAAGCUUCAAAAUCAGCUUCCCUGGGACGCUCAUCACUGCCUCCUUUUCCCCAUUUUCCCCAAGCGGAGGAUGCUCAGCCUUCACAGAGGAAGACAGAGAGAAGCACUCUCAGCUUGAUCCCCUCACGGCAGCUCUGUGGACGGCUGGCCCUCCCAGCUCUCUGCUUCUCUGGCCAUUUAUCACACAUCAACCUCUGCAGAGCCUUCCCAGUCUGGAAAUGUCCCAUUCAUUUCACAAGUAUGGCGAUUGAGAUGCCGGAGAUGGAAGAAUCCCCCUCCCGCCUUGGCCUUCCACUUGCUGGAUCAUUCCUGGGUGAACCUCCCCUACAGAGCACAGAGGAUGCCCCCUAGUGUCUGUUGCCAGUAGCAAGGACCCUCCCUCACCCGUGGCCAGAGCCAGUGAGAGGCAAUGGCUUCUUGAAUUCUCAAGUUAGCGUGGAGAAGGGCAGGGCCGGUCUGGCUUCCAGGAUCUUAGGGAAUUUUGUUGGCAUCAAGGCACCCAUCAGCAUCUUGAGAACGGGCAACUCAACACCCUACACACAGCUUCCCAAGCACAAUUCCACAAUCAUUUUCAGAGGCAGAAACCCCUUCUCUCUCAUUACAGUGAUUUUCAUCUUUCUCUUCUCAUCACCGUAGCAGCAGGCAUCCCACGGAAAGCCACAGGUGCAUCAUCAGGAAGGACGGCAGAAGCAGGGUGAACAUGCUGUGUCGCCUCCAGUUUGGAGAUGUCUGGUCCUGGGGUAGGACUGGGCCCUGUGUGCUCAUCUUACCCUCUGCUGUGGGCUCCUGGCAUUCUGUCACACAGGGUGCCCACCCGUAGGCAUUGGGAAGUUCCCAAAGGUAUCCCUGCCAUCUUGGACCCAAGGAUGUUAAAAAAAAGGUCUACGCGUGCCCUCCCCAGCAUCCAGAACAAGCAGAGUUCCCAGGUCUCAUGGUCAAGGCCUGCACGGAACAGAGUUGGCACGGCCUCUGAGUCAUCCACCCUCUGACACCCCAUCACCACCACACAUUCCACCAACCCAGAAACUCCGAGUCUUCUGAUCUCUGAGCCUCGAUCGAGAGAAGCAGCCCUGCCCAGACACCAACCUAAUGCACAUCUCCACCAAAACCUGAAGACAGUCUGCAGGGGAGCUUCAUUAAUUUUUCACAGGACUCAUCUCACAGUGGCUGAGCAGGGCUGAGACAAAGCCAUGUUCGGAGUGCCUGUGCCAGCAGCCCGCAAGGGGUUAAGCCAUUAGCCCAUAUCCUGGUGAGCUCAUCCCCGCCGGAGCCUGCUCAGUGGCUGGAUCCGCUGCACACACCGACUCCUGGAUGGGGCCGGGGAGGCUUUCUCUGGCUGGGAUGAAGAACUUGAGCAGAAACUCAUUGCCGGCUUCCUCCCUGUGCGAGCUGUGUGUGAUUCCCCGGUCCGCUGCCCUUCCCCGGGACAUCGAGGACAGUUACUGGUGCUGGGUCCGAAGAAGCCAUGACAAUGGAGGCUGUCCCCAAGAAGGCCUUGGAGGUCGAUGAGAAGUCUCCAGAAUCCAAGGACCUGCUGCCUAGCCAGACCGCCAGCUCCCUGUGCAUCAGCUCCAGAAGUGAGUCUGUCUGGACCACCACCCCCAGGAGUAACUGGGAAAUCUACCGCAAGCCCAUCGUCAUCAUGUCCGUGGGUGGCGCCAUCCUCCUCUUCGGCGUGGUCAUCACCUGCUUGGCCUACACCCUGAAGCUGGGUGAAAGUAGCUGUAAGGUCCUUAAGAUGAUAGGGCCUGCCUUCCUAUCCCUGGGACUCAUGAUGCUGGUAUGUGGGCUGGUGUGGGUGCCCAUCAUCAAAAAGAAACAGAGGCAGAGACAGAAGUCGGUUUUCUUCCAGAGUCUCAAGUCCUUCUUCCUGAAUCGCUGAUGGCAGCCUCACCUUCUGUCCUCCCCAUCAUCCUGCCACCUCAACCAGGAGAAGGAGAUCUGACAUUUAACAUCUCCAUCUCCUUGGUGGGAUUUGCCAUGAAACUGAUGCAGGCACAUCCUCUUCCGCGCCCUGUGGGAAAGAGAGAGCUCAGGGCUCCACCCUCCUUGCAGCUGGGGGAUGGUGCUGGAUGUAUCUCAAUUAGUCUCUCUGUUAUUACUUAGAUCCUGGCCGCAGCCAUCCCCUUUAUGGCUCUCAUUCCCUGCCCAUGCACCCAGGCAGCACUCAUCUAACUCUCUCUGCCAAGUGCUAUGCAUGUUGGGAAAUUCCUUGGGGUGGGCUAUGCCCCAAGGACAACGUCCUGUUUACAUAUCUGAGUGCCUGAGCUGGAUUCUGCAUUUGCAUCCUUUUAGAACCGAAACUGACCAACAGAGGUCUUUCACAGAAGAGAGGGGAGGCUGAGUUCUGACCCACUGGGUUUGCCAGUCCAGCUCCCUUCAUGGGCAAGAUACUGACUUAGAUUUCAAGGGACCAGACCAGUCACAAGUAUGAAACAUUCCAAACACUGACAGUGAAGGAUGGCUGGGGGAAAACACUUUCCAAGAAUGCACAUUCCCCUGGACAUAGCUCUGGGAGUUAGCCAGCCAAAGAAGUUCCCAGGUGUAUAGUAUUUACACCAGAGGCAGUGGAGUGGGCUCGGGGGUGUCACAGUCUCCUCUUGACCUUCUAACUCCUUCUCCUUGACUACUCUCCCCACCAAACUGGCCAAUUAGCCAAGGACAAGUGCGUGUUGCCCUAACUUCCUCUUUCCCCUGAUCCCCGGCUCUAGAACAGCAAGAUGGAGAGCUGCAGAGGGAUUCCGUAAGAUUGUUUUCUCCUUACACCCAUGGAGAAUCAAAACCAAGAAGAUCAAAUUCCACAUUUGAAGGGUGUGCAGGUUUCCAGAGACGGAAUUCACUUUCGGAAAUCCCCCCCUCUCCUCUCCCUGUCCCCACCCACGAAACAAGCCAACAUUUGAGUGCCCUGCUCUGGGCCAGGCCCUGGGUUGGGAGCAAGACAGAUACGGUCCCUGCUCUCAUUUUCUUUCCAAUGCAAGGACUACAGCCAGGCCAACAGGUGAUUGGAAUACCCCAUGCUGAGUCCUUGAUGGGGACAAUGUGGGUGGGUGUGGGAACACGAAGGGGGCACCUAACCCAGACUUGGGAGAGGACCCAGAGAUUGCUAGAGCUGUCUCAUCCAAACUGAGGACAAAAGGAAAGAUAAGAGUCUGCACAAAGGGGAAAGGAAAAGCAUUUCAGCAGCAGGAAUGGCCUAUGCAAAAGCUCAGGAGAGGGAGGGGAAGCAUGAUAAAAUUAGGAAACUGCAUAGCAGCUUCCCAACCUCCCAAUGUCCCGUCUCAUCCCCUCUUGGCCUGCAUUCCCCCUGCUCCCCUAAGUGCCCAGUGCAGCUUCUCAGGGCACAUUGAGGGCCUCCUGGCAUGCAUGGUAGAAACUGGAAGGGUUUCCAGAGGGCCCACCACACAGAGAGCACUGUGAGGUAAGUCCUUCCCAAACCCGGGCUUACCUGUAACAACCAGAGGCCCUCAGGUGUAGACCAGGAGGGGUACCUGUGAGAAAGCUAGCCACCAUGCUGCCCCAGGCCAGGUUUGAGGCCAAGUGGGGAGCAUUUGAUAAUAAGGUAUGAAAGGAAGGCAUCCUGCCCUGUAACCAUCAUUGGCUUGAGGUGACUCCCAUCACUGCUCAACCUUCUGCCCUGCCCCGGUCACCAUGGCAACCCCUUUCUCUCUAACAGGCCUCCAGGUAUCUCCAUCCUUCAUGGUGGUUCCACAUGCAGAGUCAGAACCUCACCUUGUUCCCUCUGCAUCAUGGGAAAUUCCAUGGAGGCAGGUACCUGUGACAUGGGGACACUCCCUGCCUUACACCACCUGAGGACCCAGAGAUCAGGGAGCCUGUGGACUUUGAGUCUCACCCAGAUGGCCAUGUCUUUCGUUGAGACAGUGUGGCAGGGUCCUCUCGCCCACCAGUCUCCUGCACAGGUGCUCAGGACCAAUCUUGGGGGAGUUGCAAGUGUUAUGUCACUAAUUAUAGUUCUAGUGCCUCAAGUGACAGGGCUUUCAGAUCAUUGCCCUUUCUCUGACAUAAAAGCGACUCAAUACAUCAUCCUCACAUUAUAACAUCGUCCUCACGUUUCUUGAUGCUGUCUUACGUGGAGCAAAUGGAGUGGAUUCCCCGCUAGCUCGCUGGAAACCCACACUUCCCAACAGCUUGUAGUCUGGGCACAGCUGUGGGAGGAGGGCCCAGGUGGGUGCUGCCACUGGGUGUGUCUUAGGGCACAGAAGUUUGGGGACAGCCAUGGCUCUAGAAGGCGUCCACGUUCUGGACUCGCUAUGCAGCCUGCAGCAGUACUCACCCACAUUCUCUGCUCCUCAAGCUCAGUUGCUUAGAAAGAAAAAUGAGGAAAAGAUUCUGAGGAAAGACCCCCAAGCAUCAUUCGACCCCACUGGGACCCCCCACGUGAGUGUGGGCCUAGGAACAUGCCAGCAUCGUGCUGAGAGGCCUCUGCAGGAGACCGUCACCACGCGGAAGGCUGAGGGAAGAAUGUGCCUGCUCUGUGCAUGCAGCCCAUGCCAGAGGCCAUGUUUCUGGAAAAAAGCAUCACCACCCUGACUCCUUUCAUUCCCGUGGAUGAGAGACAGGCCCAGCAUCCCCAUGUUUGGCUAACCGGACUGCAUUAUCUCACCCACAGCUGCUCUGUUUGGGAAAGUCCGAUUGAAUCUGAGUCCUAAAGGAAUUGAUGUAAUAUCGAAUUGUGUUCUAUUUA